CUCACGUUCGACAGCUUCACGCUGGGCAGAUUCAUAUCGUUCACGGCCGACGGCUGUCCUGACGGGUCACUCCAGAUCACGGAGGCGGACCGGCCGGUGGUCGGGGGCUCCUGGUGUGGCACCUCGUGGGGCGCCGCUCUCUAUUACAGCGAGACACGCACAGUGAGUCUCUCCCUGCGCCUUAUGAGGCUUGCUCGAGACCAGACAGGGUACAACUUCGACUAUCGGAUGGGAUACAAGAUGCUCCCUCGAGACAUGGCCAUCGUCAGAUACGGGGGAUCGUUACCAGGAAGUCUACACACUGGCGUCUACAUGAACACAAGCACGGCGCCGCCUCCGACGCCUCCAGCAAGUGCAUCGACGUUGACAGCGCCCCCGGUUCCCGAUGUGAACCCCACGCCGCUGCCCCUGUAUGACCUCGGGGACCUGAUGGCCGGCACAUACUGCUCGAGGUUGUUCACGGACUGUGACCGCAAGGCCUGCCGCCUCCAGUCGCCAAACUUCCCCGGCAUCUACCCGCGAAACCUGACCUGCUACUACGCCGUCAGACAACACGAGGUCCCCGAAGGCAAGCAGGCUCUGAUUGCAGUGCGACAGCCUAAAGGCCAGCUCGUAGCCAUCCGCAGCCAAUCUGCCUUAUACGGACCAAGCAGUCAGCAGCAGCAGCAUCGCAGCAGGGAACUCAAGGUGUGGUCGGAGUGUGAUGACGUGCAGGAUUACGUCACAGUGUAUGACGGUUACACGACCCGUGACGCAAUACUGCUCAAGUUCUGUGGAGGGGGGGAGCCAGUUCCAGAGGCAGUGUCGAGUGGGCCGGAGUUACUUGUCGAGUUUACGAGCUCCCCGUACGGCACCUUCGUCUACCCCGCGCCGCCCCAAGCCCUACACGGAUUUCAACUGGAAGUUCAAGUACGGUUCGUGGACCAACAAUCGCCAACUUACGCUAGAAACAAGCGUUGUGAGUUCUGGGUGCGGGGCACGAACAAAGGCACUCUGGAGACUCCCCAGCACUCACUGCCACGCAACACAACGUGCCUGUACCACCUGCAGGGGGCGGAUGCCUCCGUCCAGCCGCCCCCGCGCCCUGCGGACAUGUUCACAUCACACCAGAACCAGGCGAUCUGGCGUCUGCCCCCACCUCGAUAUAAAGUCUGGUUAUCGAUACUCAAGUUCCACGUCUCGUCGACAAUCGAUCCUCAGCUGCAAGAAGAAGAGGAGUGCGCGAGUCAACUAAAGGUGUGGGAUGGCGCGUUCAGAAGGGUUCCGGACUCAGCAAAAUGCAACGAGAUAUUCUGCAGUGGUCCGGUGAGUGGGAAGGACAAAAUGGCGCGAUAUCCCGCAGUGAUAAGUGGUGGCAGCAGUGGAGUCCCGCUGAUUGUGACUGCAACGGAGUCAGCCAAUGCCACUCUUCUGGCCACGUUCUGUAAGGACCAAGUGCCACGAAGCUGUGACCACACGCUGCUCGCCAACAACACACGCUUACCACGACCGUGCUCUCUGGCCGAAAGUUUCCUUUCUUCGGGGGACAGUCUCACACUCGAAUUACGACUGACAGAAUCCACGGCGCUCAGACCGGUGUCCUUCCGAGCUCUGUACGAGUUUGUGGAUCUCCAUCAGGAUGGUGAGGAAUACGGUAAGGGCCCAUGCUCCCGGAAAUUCGUCAGUCGAUCCCAAGGACCGAUACAAGAAAGACCGCAGAACUUUCGGGCUCCUAAGAACGUGUUCCUUUAUGGCAGAGGGGGAUCACCUAACAUGAGUUGCACGUUCCGGUUUGAGGCGCAACGUGGGGAGCGCGUCAAACUCAGGAUCACUCAGCUGCAGACCGGCGGGCGUCGGUGUGUUAACGCACAGCAGCCUGACCUAGGACGCCUGCAGUGCGACGUCAACUGCACCGCGUCCCUACGCCUGUACGAGCACCCGUGGAGAGACACGCCUCCUCUUGCACGUGACUGCCUCUGCUCCUCGCCGGGCGAUCUGAUGCCCUUCACGUUUGUGUCCACGGCCCACGUGGUCGAACUGCGGUUCGUUGUCACUGGGAUGAACUCCACAGACGACUUCAACAACUUCAGCUUUGAAGGCAGUUGGGAAUUCAUUCGGACUCCAGUGUGCGCCAGGAAACAGAGGCUGUCUGGAGCCAGCGGCGAAAUCCUGUUCAGAUCCCCGAGCAGGACACCAGAGGAGGUGAACUGCGAGAACCACCCCUGGCUGAUCGAGCCAGGAGCAGGACGCUAUCUGUACAUCAAACUGAGAGGUGUAUCGCUCCAGCAGCAGCGACUCACGCCGGAAGCGGGGAACCUCACGAAGGAGGAGCUGCAGCGCCAGCAAGAAGCACUCUGCGGAACCCGCAACAGAAUCUCCCUACACUCUGGAGGUUCGGUCCACGUCGUAGUGUGUCCUCAACCUCCCUCCUCCCAGAGGCACCACGUGGUUGAGGUGUUCUCUGAGGGCUGGGUCAUCAGCAGCACCAAACUGGUGCACCAGCCAGUCCUGUCCACGCUACCAUCUCUCGAACAACGAGCAGCAGAGCAGUCCAGGAGCGUUGUCGUAGAGUUCCUAGCUCAUGAGGCCGGCUCAUACUCACUCACGUGGCUGGAACUGGCGCGGAGGCGGUCGGUGCUGCCUCCUGCCGGCUACAUAAUGGAAGACUGUGUACACCGGUGUCCGGAGCUCGACGCAUGCAUCAACUCGUCAUUGUGGUGCGAUGGGGUUUCGCACUGUCCCUCGGGCUAUGACGAAGCUGCCAAACACUGCUCCUUCAUCUUGCAGCUUCCUCUACUUUACCUCGCUCUGGGAGCAGCGGGCAUACUAGCCAUCUGUUGCUCCCUGUGUCUGAUCACCUGCAGCGCCUGUCGACGUCGCAGACGCUCAAGACAUCACCGUCGUAUCAAAAGUUUGCCGUCGGAAGCGUCGACAAUCGGCAAAGAAGUCAUCUGCUGACACAGCGACAAUUCUGUGCGCUACGUGGAGGUUGACCGCGUGACCACUGUGUGACAAUGACGUCAACUCCUCGCUCAUAUUCGCAACAUUUUGCAGCAUGGCCGCUUAGAAUUGAUUCUGUAUAAAGUAUCACAGCCGUUCAAAUGAAACUCGUUUUCUUUUGGAGCAAAGCCAGGAAAUAUGCAUAUAGAUUUCGAUCGGAGAAUGUAGCACAUGGGUGAUAUUCUGUGAUUUCAACACUGUCGGAUGAAUUCGUGAUUCUGUUCUACUGCCGUUACUGCUCUUUGAAUUAAUCGCUGUUUACUUUUAGAACCAUACAUAUGAACGUAGUCUGUAAUAGCCUCAUCAAAAUACGGACACAAUUUGAAGUUGGUCAUGUUGUAAAUAUAUCUCGUAAUUCAAGAGAGAUAGCGUUACGCUUCCGAGACCGUUGCGAACAGACCGUUACGUAACGUACAGAAUUGAUAUCUGUUAUUUGGGUCAUUCAUUGUUUAACACUGUGAUAAUGAAUCGAUUUAAUUUUUACACAUUCAUGUUAUGUAGGAUAAUUUGAUAAUGGGCCAAACAUUUUUCUCCACUUUUCUUUUUGUAUAAUGUAAAACCAUUUCUAGACGUGAACCAUAUGACAGUACAAAGAUCAUCGGCGAACUGAAUGCAGGGGAAGAAAGUUAAACAUUUUGGGAUCAUUUCAUUAUACAGUACUACACAGCCGCUUUUAAAUGCAUUUGCGCCAAUUUUCUGACUGGAAGAGAAAAGCUUUAAAAUAUUAUUGCAACCAUUCUUUUCAUGAUCGAUACUCGUUUCAUUUUAAGUUUCGUCGAUGCUGUUUUUCAGUUGUCCCGGAUACGCUGAUUGCUUUAUUCCUAAACCUCAACAAAUGCAUAAUCAACACAUGUUCGCCUUCCUUUCAAACUCUCCACAAAUUAGUAAACACUUCUCUACUAUAUACAGGGUGUCCCAGGAGGAAUGCGCCAAACU